AUGGCGGUUGGCGGAAAAGCUGCUGGCAAGGAGCCGGAAAGCUUUGGCAAAUCAGCCAAGACAUCAAGUGAAGAUGCUGGAGGGAAGGAGAAAAAAGGCGGCACCGCAGUGAAAGUCAGACACAUAUUAUGUGAGAAACAUUCAAAAAUAAUGGAAGCUCUGGAAAAGUUAAAUGCAGGAAGCAAGUUUAAUGAGAUUGCUGCACAGUACAGUGAAGACAAAGCGAGACAAGGGGGAGAUCUUGGCUGGAUGACAAGAGGCUCAAUGGUUGGACCUUUCCAAGAUGCUGCAUUUGCAUUAAAGAUUAGCACUUUAGCCAGUCCUAUUUACACUAACUCACCAGUUAAGACAGUGCAUGGAUACCAUAUUAUAAUGGUAGAAGGGAAGAAGUAAUGGGAUUUCAUUUAUAACAAUAUUGGUCUAAAAAUUGCAUUAUUGCAGUCUUUGGUUUUAUUUGUGUUGAGGAAAAGUGUUAAGACAUGAAAUUAUAUCAAUCGGUAAUAUGUGUGUAUGCUUAUAUCUUAACACAAAAUAAUUCACUUCUUGGUAUGUGAUGUUUUCAUGAACUGUAAAUGCCUAAUAGAUUCUGCGUGAGUGUAUGUGCGUGAGUGUGGGUGCAUUGUCUUUGUGUAUGCGCUUGUACGCCCGCAUGAGUGCGUACAUGCUUGCGUGUGUGCACGUUUCCAUCUGAUAAUUUCAAGCAUUUUAUAUUUGAAGGAUCUAAUCAAGACGUGAUCAGCAACUAAUACCAUAGUUUUGUAUAUAGUAUACUCUCCUGGUAUAAUUGUUAAAUUUUAUAUCCGUGAUAAUGAUACAUCAUACAAUGAACCCUGACAUUAAAAUAUUUAUAAGUAGAUAA